AUGGCGAGUUCUGACUGGGGAUAUGAUGACAAAAAUGGUCCUGAACAAUGGGGCAAGCUGUAUCCCAUUGCAAAUGGAAAUAACCAAUCUCCCAUUGACAUUAAAACCAGUGAAGCCAAACAUGACACUUCUCUUAAACCGAUCAGUGUCUCCUACAAUCCAGCCACAGCCAAAGAAAUUAUCAACGUGGGACAUUCUUUCCAUGUAACUUUUGAGGACAACGAUAACCGAUCAGUGCUGAGAGGUGGUCCUCUUUCUGAAAGCUAUAGGCUCAGCCAGUUCCAUUUUCACUGGGGCCACACAAAUGACUAUGGUUCUGAACACACAGUGGAUGGAGUCAAAUAUUCUGGAGAGCUUCACAUAGUUCACUGGAAUUCUGAGAAAUACUCCAGCUUCGCUGAAGCUGCCUCACAGGCUGAUGGUUUGGCAAUUAUUGGUGUUUUGAUGAAGGUUGAUCAGGCCAACCCCAAACUGCAGAAAGUACUUGAUGCCCUAAAUGCAGUUAAAACCAAGGGCAAACGAGCCCCAUUCACAAAUUUUGACCCCUCUACUCUCCUUCCUUCAUCCCUGGAUUACUGGACCUACUUUGGCUCUCUGACUCAUCCUCCUCUUUAUGAGAGUGUAACCUGGAUCAUCUGCAAGGAUAGCAUCGGUAUCAGCUCAGAACAGCUGGCACAGUUCCGAAGUCUUCUAUCAAAUGUUGAAGGUGACAAAGCUGUCCCCAUUCAGCACAACAACCGGCCUCCCCAGCCUCUGAAGGGCAGAACAGUGAAAGCUUCCUUCUGA